CUCCCACAGCACUCCGUACUUAACGGAGUAUUUGCCCGUUCCUUCAAUUGUAUAAUCGCAUAUUAUCUCCGCAAACCCAUGCUUUCAAGACGGCCCUUUAUAGAGCUGAUAUCAUCUUCAGGUAUAUCUAGAUUGGUAUCCAAACGCAAAAUGCAUAUCGAAUCGAUUCCCAUGUGGACUGGCAAGGGCAACAACUAUGCCUAUCUGAUAUCCGAUGAGCCGACUAAGGAUGCUGUGAUCGUCGAUCCCGCAAAUCCGCCGGAGGUAAUUCCCGUUCUGAAGUCACAUAUCGAUUCCGGCAAGAUUAAUCUGAAAGCCAUCAUCAAUACACAUCACCACUGGGAUCAUGCUGGUGGGAACGAUGGAAUUCUUCAGCAAUUUGGAAAUCUCGACGUGAUCGGUGGCAAGGAUUGCAAGAUGGUCACCAAGACUCCAGCUCAUGGUGAAAAAUUCAAAAUUGGCGAUCGUAUAACUGUGACUGCCCUACAUACCCCAUGUCACACGCAAGAUAGUAUCUGCUACUUUGCUGAAGACGGAAACCAGCGGGUGGUAUUUACCGGAGAUACCCUAUUUAUUGCCGGAUGUGGCCGAUUCUUCGAGGGCAACGCCCAAGAGAUGCACAGGGCUCUUAAUGAGGUUCUUGCAACGCUGCCAGACGAUACUAAAGUCUACCCCGGUCACGAGUAUACCAAAUCCAACGUGAAGUUCUGUCUCUCGGUAUCGCAGUCAGAGCCGAUCAAAAAGCUCCAGGCCUAUUGCGAAAAUAAUUCGCGAACGGAGGGUAAAUUUACUAUUGGGGAUGAAAAGUUACAUAACGUUUUCAUGAGAGUCACGGACCCCGAGAUGCAAAAGGCUACAGGGAUGACAAGCCCUGUGGAUGUUAUGAAUGCCUUGAGAGAAAUGAAGAAUGCUGCGUAGGUCCGUGACAUAAAUAUCCAAUAUCAACAACGCGGACGGCUUAAACCCCGGAAGGUGAGCAAGGCUCCCGAGUACCGCAUCACAAACGUAAGAUUCAAAGCUCGGCGACCAGGUGGGGAAUUUGUUAUAUCUUGAUUUUGAUCUUCUCCUCAGUGUAUUGUAUUUGGCUAAAUAUAUGGAGUUUGACACUUCGCUGUAA